GUUCUUUUUGUGUUGUUUUGAACUCCGCUCUGUCAUUGGCAUCUGAUCUCGGCGUCCUUCGUGGCAACUGAUUCCCAGAUUAUUGAUAUUAUUGAUUGUUGGAUACAUCGAUUGAUCGUCUGCUUCUCCCAUCAUUCAGGUUUGACCCUUGUUAUCACACUGUGUUUUGUGUUUAGUAUGUCUUGUGUUCAUUACAGGUUUCAGAGUCGACUCACCUACGACUCGCUCCAGUUUGAGGGCCUCAACAUCACUGUGGGAGAGCUGAAGCGGCAGAUCAUGAGGCGCGAGAGGCUGAAGUUCUGCCAGCUGAAGAUCAGCAAAGCCCAAACUGAUGAAGAAUACACAGAUGAUGAUGCUCUCAUCCCCAAAAACACGUCGGUCAUCAUCAGACGGGUCCCUGCGGCUGGACUGAAGUCCUCCAACAGAAGAUUUGUUGGACAUCAAGCUGGACCAUCAGCUAAAUCUUCUCAAACAGGUGAUUCUUCACUCCUCUCACUGGAGCAGCUGUUGAAGACUGAGAAUCUGGCUGAGGCAAAGGCAUCAGAGGAGGACAAGCUAAAAGCGGUGAUGUACCAGUCCAGUCUGUGCUACUACUCCAGCAGGGCAGCAGCUCUGCUCCGCUUAAGCGCAUCCGGAGGAGCACAGGGAUUCCCCGCAGCUUCCUGUUGGAGGUGGACGACCCAAACCGAAAGGGAGUCAUGAUGGACGGCAGCGGCAAAUACGUCAUUCCCAUCAUAGACGCUGAGGCCUAUGCUGCUGAGAAGAAAAAGAGGCCUUCCUUCUGCCAGACCAAGCCGCUGUCCUCCUCUUCCUCAGCUGGUGCAGCAUCUUCA